AUGGAUUUAUAUAGAAUUCUACAAGUAUCUUCAAAUUCAACAUUAGAAGAAAUUUCUAGAUCAUAUAAAAAAUUAGCAUUAAAAUAUCAUCCAGAUAAAAAUAAUCAAGAUGAACAAUUAACUGAAAAAUUUAAAUCAAUUACUAGAGCAUAUGAAAUUUUAAAAGAUCCUAAAAAACGAUCUAUUUAUGAUAGGCAUGGUAUCCAAGGUCUUGAAGGAAUAACAACUACUGAAUCUCCAAAACAACAACCAACAACUAGGUUUCGAAAUGAUUAUGAUAUUUUUUCAUCAGUUUUUGAGGAUAUUAAUUCAAUGUUUUCUCGGCAUCAUCAAUCAAUGUUUAAUCAAGCUAGUAAUUUUCCUCAAUUUUCAACUUCAAAUAUGAAAAAACAUGUUGAACCAUUACCAAAAUCUACAAAAGUAUAUACAAGUGAUGAUAUUUAUCAUACUACCGAAGUUACUUUACAAGAUUUGUAUUUUGGUAAAAUUAUUAAAUUAUCAUUACCCAAAUCAAUGAAAUGUCAAAAAUGUAAUGGUUUUGGUGGUUUAAAUCCUCAAACAUGUAGAGUAUGUCAAGGUUCUGGUCAAGUUUUAAUUACAUAUUUUAAUCAAUUUUCACAAAUGAGACAAAAUGAAACUUGUUCACCGUGUCAAGGUAAUGGAAUUUAUAUUGCACCACAAAAUAAAUGUCUACAAUGUAAUGGAAUAGGUUAUAUUCAAGAUACAAAGAUCAUAUCAGCUAAUGUUUUACCAGGUAGUAAAAAUGGUGAUAAAAUUAUUUUAAAAAAUGAAUCAGAUGAAGGUAGAAAUGUGAUUCCUGGUGAUGUUAUACUAAAGAUACGAGAAAAACCACAUCCAGAGUUUAUGAGAGAUGGUAAUGAUUUAAUAAAAACAAUACAAAUUGAUUUAUCAGUCGCAAUUGGUGGUGGUCCAAUAUUUUUCAAUCAUUUAAAUGGCAAAUUUAUAAAAACAAUAGUUGAACCAACGAUACAGUAUGAUGAUAUAAAGAUUAUAGAAGAUUAUGGUAUGCCUAUAAAACAACAACCAAGUUUAAAGGGUGAUUUAAUAUUGAAAUUUCAAAUAAAGAUUCCAACCUUAAAAGAAAUCCCAAAUUUAUCAAAAUUGAUCGAAAAUUUACCAAAAACAAAACCAGUCCUACCAGUUGAUUCAGAAAUCAAUGAAGUAGUAUUAACAGAUCCUUCAUCAACUAGAUUUAAAAAGAGAAGAAUUUAUGAUGAAAUAUAA